AUGUUGGCCGGCACCGCUGAGAGUGUAGCUGCCAUUACACCAACAGAGCGUGUCGAGACAGCUCUUAUCGACGACACGAAGAGCAGUCACCGCUGUUUUCGUGGAGGCUUCGACGCGACCAGAGCCAUUGUAGCCGCCCAAGGCCUUCCAGGACUGUAUUGGGGAUUGGUGUCUACGACCACGAAGCAGUCGGCGACGUCAGCUGUUUGCGUGGGCUCGUACAACGUGCUGAAGGAAGCGUCACGACAGAACAACCUGCCGCAGGGUAGCGCGGCCACCUUCGUUGUUGGAGCUUUGGCUGGCACCAUCACCGUGUACGCAACUCAGCCGUUCGACACAAUCACGACAAGAGCCCAAAGCGCCGCAGGAGCAAGAACAGGCGAGGCGUUUCGCAGCAUCUGGACCCAGGCUGGCAUUCGUGGCUUUAGGAGUGGCAGCACCAUGCGCCUGGAUCGACUCGUCUUCAGUAGCGGUAUCGUCUUCACUGUGUCUGAGAAAGUCGCUGCACUUCUGAGCUGUCCAUUUUGA